GAACGCCUGAAUCCAUCCCCAUUACCUCAACAACACCAUUCCAAACCUUCGCAUUACUCUUCUACCGCAAUUCAAGAUGGAUACCCUCGUGGCCCAGUACAGCAGACCAAUGUUCGAGAAGGAGAACUCUGCCGAAGAAGACCAGAUGGAGCUCUACCAGCCAACACCAAGCUUGUCCCUGAAGUUCGCCAUGCCUCCUAUUGCUCAACCCUCAGCCUGGCUUCGUGCUGCGACUGACGACCAUGCCAACCCAGACUGCCCCAUCAAGAUUGCCCACGGUACCACAACAUUAGCAUUCAGAUUUCAAGGCGGUAUCAUCGUAGCGACCGAUUCGAGAGCGACAGCAGGCGACUGGAUUGCGAGUCAGACGGUUAAAAAGGUUAUUGAGAUCAACAGUUGUUUACUAGGGACAAUGGCUGGUGGAGCUGCUGACUGUCAAUACUGGCUCGCAUACUUGGGAAUGCAAUGUCGACUUCACGAGCUCCGUCAAAAGCGCCGAAUCUCCGUGGCAGCCGCUUCAAAAAUCCUCGCAAACCUGGUCUACUCAUACAAGGGAAUGGGUCUGUCGAUGGGUACGAUGUGCGCCGGUGUUACCAAGGAGGAAGGUCCUGCUCUUUACUACAUUGAUUCAGAUGGAACCCGUCUGAGCGGCAAUCUCUUCUGUGUUGGUUCCGGUCAGACAUUCGCAUACGGAGUGUUAGACGCCGAAUACCGAUACGAUUUGACUGAGGAGGAGGCGUUGGCGCUUGGAAGCAGAAGUAUUCUGGCUGCAACACACAGAGAUGCCUAUUCCGGUGGUUUCAUCAACUUGUACCAUGUCAAGGAGGACGGAUGGGUCAAGCACGGCUUCAGCGAUACGAACCCUAUUUUCUGGAAGACGAAGUUGGAGAAGGGCGAGUUCUCGAAUGUUACGAGCGAGUUGGUGUGAGACAAGGCAGGCAUAGAUAGGAGGACUGGGAAUAAUUUCAUUGACUGUCUCAAUAGCAAGCAUGGCUGCGCGAUGGAUGGAAUGGCAUAGAGGCUGAGGCCGUGUAUAUUACUGCUUCACUUCACGAGUGGUAUUACCAAUGAGAACCUUGGAAUGGAUACAAGUAUUUAUGGGAUCGAUACACCUGAUGGCGAGCAUACCUAAACCGAAGUCUUGGCAAGUGCCAGAACCAAGGAUGAUAUCGUCCCAUCAUUCUUUUCCCAAAUAAUUAUUCAUCAACUCUGAGUAUGAUCCAAUCAAGCAAUACCCAUUCAAAUCCGAUUAGCCCAUUUGCUGUCAGUUCUGCGCAUCUCGGUGCCCUCCUCACGAAGAUCAACACCCAAAUCCUUGAGCUUCGUCUUCAACUCCUCAUCACCAAGUGCGAGGAUCCGAACAGCAGCAAGCAGAUCCUCAUACUGCUUCGUCAUCCCCUGCAGCUCGGAACCGCUGUCGCAGUCGUACAUGGCAUGGUAGAACUUGUCGAGCUCCUGCUUCUUGGUGAUCUGCUUCAAGCGAGCGACUUCCUCUUCCAGCUUCUUGACCUCGGGAUCGCGCUGGUCUCGGGGCUGGGCAUUACGCGA